UUAACAAAAUUAAAAAUAAGGAAAAAUGGACAGCAACAUAAGUAGAAUUCAAACGACACAACAGCAGCAACAAACGUCGCGCAGUUCACCGCUCAUCGUUAAUCUCGGAGGACCAAAUGCCACAAGUUCCGCUGGCGUCGGCCUGCUGGGCACAGAAACAAGCGACGGCGGUGGAGAUGGGGGAGGUGGCAGUGCUAACAACAAACGGAUCAGCAGCAAGAAGAGCAAUGGACAUCAACGCAGUCAUAGUAUAACGAAUGCAGCAGCCACAUCGCUUGUCAAUCUCUUUGAUGGAUUCACAUCACGUGUAUCGACGGCAGUAAGCGUUGCCAACAGCAGCACAAUGGAGCGGAGUCACAGUGCUGCCAGUACGCCAAGUUCAACGAAUUCCGGGAUUGUCGUUGGCGUUGGCGGCAUUGGUGCCGGUUCGAUAGCUAGUCUUACGAGCAUGGGCUCGCUGGGUACCACAGCUAAUGCAUUUUACUCCUCAAUAGGCAGUGCUCUCAAUUCAAUAACAUCGCCCAUAACGGCUGCAGCAGCGGCUGCCACAGCGACUACCACUGAGAUGGUUGUGGCCGCCGCCUCGUCCAUAACGAAUCAUUUGAGUUCACCCACUAGCGGUACACCGCCGCAUGGACUGGGACUGAAUGACGAGGAUUGCGGUGAUAACGACGAGGACGAUGAGGAUGAUGCUGUGGAUAAUGAUGGUCAUAUUGCGGCACCCACGCCAUCCAAGUCAUGGGCGGAAAACAAAUGCUUUGUGCAGGAGAUACGCAAGGAGCUGUCCAAUCUAUCGACGAUGGUGCCAACAAAUGUGCAAUUCCGCCAUCUAUCCGAUGGUCGUGUACGCUGCUACUUUCUAAGCACACCGCCACUGACGUGGGAGACAACACUGCUAUUUGCAGAUAUCAAUCUGCAGCAGCAGGAUGAACAGCAACUGAUUUUGCAACAGAUUGGUGGCGAGAUUGAUCAAGCCACAAUUGGUAGUCCCCGAAGUGGCGCAGCAUCGCCAACAAUUAAUCUGCCCACGUUUCAUUUUGGAGCACAACCCAAGCCCAGAUUGGAGUGGCAACCAUUGCUGCAACAACCCAUACCCAGCAGUCAUGUGGGCAGCGGCAUCACUUGCCCAUAUGCCAAGGAGCUUCAACUGCUGCUAGAGAGGAAGCGUCUGCCCACAUGGGGAAUAACAUCCUAUGAGCUGCACAAGCCUAGUGGCAAAAUAGUAUUUCCCUGUUUGAACGAUCUGUAUCAGUGUCUGGACACGGGCUACAAUUCGAGUCUGCUGUUUCCCACGCAACUGCGUACGUGCCCAGAGUGGAGUGCACUGGAUCCGCAAAUCUGUCCCCAAAACUCGGAUCUGAUAGCAUACAUCAGUGACUGUGAUAUCUGGGUAACGCACACGCUCAGUGGCCAUGAGAAGCGUCUGACUUACACAAGAAGCGGUCGUCGCACAUAUGUGGAUGAUGCUUUAAGUGCCGGAGUGCCAUCGUAUGUGAUGCAGGAGGAGUUCAGUCGAUAUCAGGGCUACUGGUGGCAGCCGCACUCUGAUGAUGGCAUCUAUCGCAUUGUCUACGAGGAAGUGGAUGAAACAGAUGUAUCCCUGUACACGUUUCCCUCCUCGACAGCUGUGCCCGGUGAGGUGGAUGAGUAUCGUUUUCCUCGCAGCGGCACACCCAAUGCCAAGUCGAAACUAAAGCUCGUCCAAUUUGUGCUCAAUGAGUCGCUGCAAAUUAGUGAGAUUAGCAUCAAGGAUUUGCCCUAUUCUAUGCUAGCUGUAUUCCCUUGGCUGGAAUACAUUGUCCGUGUGGGCUGGACGCCAGAUGCCAACUACGUUUGGGUGCAGGGUCUAGAUCGGAAGCAGCAACGUUUGGAUGUUAUGCUGAUACCGCUAGACAACUUUUGCGAGUCGUACAGCAGUCAAGUUUCAACGCCAACGGAUUCACUUGGAGACCACAGCUGGCGAAGUCCAUAUAAUCGAACCAUAACACCUCUGCAGGUCAUCUACACGGAGCAAUCGGAAAGCUGGAUAAAUGUCCAUGACAUGCUGUACUUUCUGGAGCUCAGCGACCUAAGUGUCACCUAUGUAUGGGCCUCUGAAGAAACGGGCUUUCGGCAUUUGUAUCUGGUGACGUCCAGUCUGCUGCUCAACCAUGUUAAUGGCUGCCAAACGGAUGCGACCAGUGCAGCAGCUGCUGCUCAACAGCCCAAUUUUGUGGAACCAUCUGCGCUGCAGCCGAGGAUUGUCAAUAAAGUCGCAUUGACGAGCGGCGAAUGGGAGGUGCUCGCCCGAAACUUGUGGGUAGACAAAGCCAAUCAAUUGGUGUACUUUGUGGGAUUACGCGAUACACCAUUGGAGAAGCAUCUGUAUGUCGUUAGUCUGCAACGACCAGAGCAUAUACGUCUACUGACCGAGCCCGGCUAUUCCUAUCUGGUAGAAUUCGAUGAUCAAUGUCAAUUGAUGCUGCUAGUCUAUUGCAAUAUCCAGAGACUGCCGAGCUGUAAGGUGAUGCGUGUAAUGCAAACCUGUCAGAAUGGAGGUGUCAAUGGUAUACAGAUCUCGUUGGCUGGCUUUCUGCAUGAGGGCGGCAAACCGGAACCGCAAUAUUGCCCACAAAUCUUUAGACCACAGUUGCCAUCGGGUGAUAUUGUUUAUGCCAUGGUCUUUAAGCCUCACAAUUUCCAGCUGGGCGUCAAGUAUCCAACGGUGCUAAAUGUCUACGGUGGUCCUGAGGUGCAAACGGUUAACAACACAUUUAAAGGUAAACAUCAACUGCGCAUGCACAUGCUGGCAGCUCAGGGCUAUUGUGUAAUUUGUAUUGACUCCCGCGGCUCCAGGCAUCGUGGCAUUCGUUUCGAGAGUCAUAUACGUGGUCGCAUGGGUCAGGUGGAGCUCACAGAUCAGGUGGAUGCCUUGCGUAUUCUGUCCGAUCAACUGGGCUAUAUUGACAUGGAUCGCAUUGCCAUACAUGGCUGGUCCUAUGGUGGCUAUUUGAGUUUGAUGGGACUGGUACAGUAUCCGGAGAUAUUUAAGGUGGCUAUUGCUGGUGCACCGGUAACCAACUGGGAGUUUUAUGAUACUGGCUAUACGGAACGUUAUAUGGAUCUGCCUCAGUUCAAUGAGGCCGGCUACACGGCAGGUUCUGUGCUCAACUAUGUCCACUCGUUUCCCGAAGAGGAUAAUCGUCUUCUGCUCAUUCAUGGUCUAAUCGAUGAGAAUGUGCAUUUUAAUCACACCUCACGGCUGAUCAGCGCAUUAAAUAAGGCUAAUAAACCGUAUGCGCUUCAUAUAUUCCCCGAGGAGCGUCAUUCAUUGCGCAAUUUGGAAUCGAAUAAGAAUUAUGAAACGAAAUUAUUAUCAUUCUUGCAAAACUUAUGAGAUUCAUAAGUCCCACUAACUCACACUUCUAAUAAAACACAAUAAGGUAUUUGUUGUUUUUUCAAAAAAUCGUUAAAUGAAAUAUCAAUCGACAAACACAUUUUAUACAAAUUUCUGCAAAAUAAUUCAAAGUAUUUCAAAACCAGUUAUAAGAAAUCGAAAACAACAUCAACUUCUGCCCUGCCUCCUUUAAAUACUGCUCUAUUCUAUGAAUCUAAUUGUACGAUUUCCUAAUAUAUAUUUUUUUUACAUA